UUCUGAGCAGAACAUUAAUGGCGGCCUCUCUGCUCAUGCCAUUCUCCAUGACCCAUUCAUUGUUCUCUCCUCUUCCCCGUCAACUUCUCAGCGUCUCGAUUCGUCGCUCCUCGUGUUCUUGAUCGGAUUUCGAUUUCGCUUUGACGCGUGAAGCUUUCGUCAGCGGAAAUAAGGAAACGUGUCCCCGCACGCAAAUUCAUCUCUCUCUCUCUCUCUCAUUUUCUUCUCUAAUCCUCUGGGAGACUUUCACUGCAACCAAAGCAGGCGUCCUUGCUUCUCUCAAGAAAUCAGCUUCGUCUCCUUGCGCGUGUCCCGUUCUCUUCUCCAGUCCCUUCCUCCUCCAUUGAUUCACAGUUUCGCUACAAGAUGGAAGUGAAACUAUGGAACGACAAGCGCGAGAGAGAAAUGUACGAUAACUUCGCCGAGUUGUACGCCAUUAUCAAAGCCACGGAAAAGCUCGAGAAGGCCUACAUCCGCGACCUCGUCUCUCCAGCCGAGUACGAAACUGAGUGCCAGAAACUCAUCGCCCACUUCAAGACUCUAUCCGCCACGCUCAAGGAUACGGUCCCGAACAUCGAAAGGUUUUCAGACAUGUACAAGAUGGAUUGCCCGGCUGCUCUUUACCGCCUCAUGACAUCCGGCGUUCCAGCCACUGUGGAACACCGGGCUGCUGCAUCUGCCUCGGCCUCGAGCUCGGCUGCCAUUGUUGCAGAGUGUGUCCAGAACUUCAUCACGGCUAUGGAUUCUCUGAAACUGAACAUGGUGGCAGUGGAUCAGGUCUAUCCAUUGUUGUCUGAUCUCUCGACAUCUCUGAAUAAGCUUAGCAUCUUACCGCCGGACUUCGAGGGGAAGACGAAGAUGAAAGAGUGGUUGUCGAGGCUGUCGAAGAUGGGAGCGUCAGAUGAGUUGACAGAACAGCAGGCUCGGCAGCUCCACUUCGACCUGGAGUCAUCCUACAACUCGUUCAUGGCAGCUUUGCCUAAUGCCGGUUCCUGAUUGAUAGCUGGCGGUUGUCUUGUUUGAGUUAUGUCUGGACAAACAACAACGAUAUGUUUUUGUCUGUGUUAUCUUCUUGGUUUCAUGUCGAAAUCGAAUGUUUGCCUUUACUUC